AUGACACAACGUUUCGGGGUAUGGCAGAACGUGCACGUGCUGGAUAUGGCCAGCGUGGGAAACUUGUCGUCCGUCGCGAGACUUCACGUUCAUAUUCAAUCGUGGUACGACGAAGUAGAAGGCUUCGAUACCUCCGAAAUCGGAUACCUGAACUUCACCGCGCGUAGCAACCUCUCCUACGUAGCGUUCGCUUCUGCGACAAUUAGCCAGGUGGGAUGCGGGCGUGCAAUUUACACGCGGCGAGACGAGCCGACGAAUCGGAAAGACUUGCAUACAAUACCCGACGGAUUCGGAGAUCGAGUCGAGACCCUCGUGUGCAAUUACGGGCCUCUCGAUCGGAAGACACCGAGGGAACUCUACCAAGACGGUGUGCCAGAUCUUUGUCCGCAGGGGACCGUCGAAAGUCCGCGAUACGGAGCUCUGUGUCGUGUUUCGAGUGAAAAGUUGCAGGAGUGGCCGUCUAGAAAGGCGCACCGAGGGUCUCAGCCAGCAGAAGAGGAAAAAGCCGUGCAGACAAUGACCAGCGGCGCAUUCCCGAUUAAGCGAGCAGUUUAUCUUGUUCAGUUGGCGUUAUUAUUACUGGCACGCCUGUCGACAUGAUCCCCAGUUAUCGUGCAUCGUCGGUUAAAUGUUGCC